CCAGACCCAGGCUACUGUCACAGCCCAGGAGCAGGCUUAGCACACCGGGGACCCAGCACUGGGCAGACCUAUUCCUUGAGCUGAAAAUGAUGUGCAGUAGCAAGAAUUUGCUCUUGGCUGCUCUGAUGUCAGUGCUGCUACUCCACCUGUGCAGCAAGUCAGAAGCAGCAAGCAGCUUUGACUGCUGUCUUCGGUAUACAGACCACGUCCUUCAUCCUAGAUUUAUCGUGGGCUUCACACAGCAGCUGUCUAAUGAAGCCUGUGAUAUCAAUGCAAUCAUCUUUUACACAAGGAAAAGAUUGGCCGUGUGUGCAGAUCCGAAGAAGAACUGGGUGAAACAGGCUGUACGCAUCCUCAGUCAAAGAGUCAAGAAGAUGUGAAAAUGGAUGCUUUCUGGGAUGGACCUGGACAGAGCCCAACAACAAAGAAAGAAUCUAGCUAGAGUUGGCAGUUGAGAGUUCAGCACUUACCUGAUUUUUGUCUCAUUGGACUUGUCCAA